AUGGCAGACACUCAGCCCGAGACUGGUCUUCCUCCCAACUGGGAGGUUCGCCACAGCAACUCAAAGAACCUGCCUUACUACUUCAACUCAAACGACCGCAACUCCCGCUGGGAGCCACCACCAGGAACAGACACCGAGAAGCUCAAGGUCUACAUGGCCAAGUUCCACAGCCCCAAUGCUGGGGCCGGCGCCGCCAACAGUGGAGGAGGCGCUGAUUCUGGCAAGAUCAGGGCUGCCCACCUUCUCGUAAAACACAACCAAAGCCGGAGGCCAAUGAGCUGGAAAGAGUCAAACAUCACCCGCAGCAAAGAAGACGCACAAAAGAUCAUCGAGGUCCACCAGGAGCGCAUCAAGAGCGGCGAGGUCUCUCUCGGCGACCUGGCUGUUACUGAGUCUGAUUGCAGCAGCGCACGUAAGAGGGGCGAUCUGGGGUACUUCGGCCGCGGUGAUAUGCAGAAGGAAUUCGAGGACGCCGCCUUCGCGCUCCAGCCAGGCGAGAUUUCUGGUGUGGUGGAUACGGCGAGUGGCCUGCACCUGAUCGAGCGCCUGGAGUAG